UAAAAUAAUUUUUUAUUGUCAUUUGCUUUUUGUUCUAGUCUGAAAUUGAUGCUCAAUCUGAAUAUCUUUCACAAAAUGUUCUUAAUAUAACAUCAAAAUAUAAAGAUAAAUUAAAUAUAAUUAAAGUUCGUUUGUAAGUCUUUAUUUAGAAUCCCAAAAAAAAAGAACAAGAUUAAAGAAAUUUUGAUUAUUAUUAUUGUUAUUAUUAUAGAGAACAAGCAGAACGUGAAAGACGUGAAGUACAACUUCGUAAUGAAAAAUUUCAAAAUGAUAGACAACCGUUUGAUGUAAAAAAGUUUGAUAUAGUUUCAUCAUGUCAAUUUAAUUACUUUUUGAAUUGUUAAACAAAACGACUGCUGGUUCAAUAUCUGCUCCGUCAAUAAUUCCAUUACGUGUUGGAUAUACACAAAAAUCUUCCAUUGAUACAAAUACAUUGAUUGAAAUACGUAGUGAUACAAAUGAUGUUGAUAUUUAUUAUACAUUAGAUGGUUCAAAACCAGAUGCAUUUAUAACAUUAGCAACACGACGUUCGACUAUACAAUAUAAAAAAAACCAUUUUAUGUACCAAGAGAUAUAGCUAAUACAGGCAUCACGGUAAAGAUAUUUGGGAAAACAAAAAAAUCAGUUUGAAGAAUUUUUAUUUUUUUUAUUAAAAUUUAUUUAGUGAUGGAAUACGAGAAAGUGUUAUAGUAACAAAAAUAUUUGAUGUUAAAAUUAUUCCAUCAGAUCAUUCAUUAUCGGAUGAAUAUGAAAAUCGAUAUUUAUAUGAAUUACAACAAGAACGAAAGGAAUUAAUGAGAAAGAUGCAAAAUGAAAAUGAAAAAAUGCAACAAAAAUUAUCUGAAUCAAUGCGUCGUUCAACAAUUGAUUCAUUAGUACAAGAAAAUCCAACUAAUUAUACAUAUUCAAAUUCUCAAAUACAAACAAAUGUUUUAAGAUGUGCACAUUGUUUUGCACCUAAAUCAAAUGAUUUAUAUACACGAUUUUGUACGGAAUGUGGUCUAUCUUGGCAAAAACUAACUCAUAAUCCACCGGAUAAUUAUUCAACUAAUGUAUGUACAAAUUGUAAAUCUACUAUUCCAUUUAAUUCUAACACAUGUGUUGUAUGUGAAACACCAAUAUCCAAAGAACCACAACAGCGACCAACUUCUCAAAAUCAGGAAAAACGAACUUCAAUUUCAAUUCCAACAAUAUCAAAACAAACAAAUACAAUGAUGAUAACAUGUCCAAAAUGUUUUCGUUUAAAUAAUCCUAAUGCUCGUUUUUGUGAUUGGUGUAGUGCAUAUCCUGAUCAUGCAUCUAUAUCAAUACAAUGUACAAAAUGUCAUACUAAUAAUGAUUCAUUUGGAAAAUUUUGUUCAACAUGUGGAUGUGUUAUUGAACCACCAUUACGUAUUAUUGAUACACGUCUUUAA